UAAAGCAUUAAUAUUGUUGUUCAAAUCUGAAUUCUGUGAUUUAAAGUAGUUUCUUAUUUCAGAGUGACAGUUUUUAGUUAAUAUGACAGAAGAAACAAAGGAUGAGCAAUUUACUGAAAAAUACAAGCUUGAUCCGAACUCUGAACUGAGAUUUGAAGUGGAAUCCAAUGCAACAGUUUUACUUGAGCUCAGUGAAGGAAUGGGGGAGAUAUUUGGCUCUGAGUUGGCCAAGAACAAGACGUACACGUUUCCUCCAGGUUCGAAGGUUGCAAUCUUUACAUGGCACGGAUGCUCCAUCAGAAUGAAAGGUAAGACUGAGGUGGCGUACGUGUCGAAGGAGACCCCAAUGGUGAUGUACGUCAACUCGCACGCUGCGCUCGAACAGAUGAGACAGAAGGCAGAGGACGAUUGUUCCAGAGGGCCCAGGGUGCUUGUGGUUGGACCGACUGAUGUUGGCAAGAGCACUUUGUGUCGUAUGCUGGCUAACUAUGCUGUGAGGUUGGGCCGAAGUCCCAUCUUGACAGAUUUGGAUGUUGGACAGGGUCAUGUUGGAAUUCCAGGAACAAUAGGUGCUUUCGUGGUGGAGAGACCGGCCGAUGUAGAGGAAGGGUUUUCCCAGAAUGCACCGCUAGUGUUCCACUAUGGUCACUACAGUCCUGCGGACAACCUGACCUUGUACAACAUGCUGGUGACCCGCCUCGCAGACGUCAUCAACCUGCGCUGUGAACAGAGCAACAAAAUUAAUGUCAGUGGAGUUGUUAUUAACACUGGAGGAUGGGUACGAGGAGGUGGUUACGAGGCUCUCAAACAAGCGGCAGGUGCAUUUGAAGUGGAUGCAGUGUUUGUUCUCGACCAGGAGCGGCUGUACAAUGAACUGAAACGUGAUAUGCCAGAGUUUGUCAAGAUUCUGCUGCUUCCCAAGUCGGGAGGGGUUGUAGAACGAGCACAGGCAACCAGAACCGAAUAUAGAGACAACAAGGUUCGCGAGUAUUUCUAUGGUGUGCGAAACAAUCUCUACCCUCACACAUUUGACGUCAAAUUCAGUGAUGUCAAGAUAUACAAAAUUGGUGCGCCUCCAUUACCAGAAUCCUGUCUGCCCCUUGGCAUGAAAGCUCAAGAUAACAAAACCAAACUAGUGCCUCUUUUACCAAGUACUGGUCUGUUACACCAUGUGUUGAGUAUCAGUUCAGCAAGUCUACCCACGCCCGAUCAGAACAUCAUCGAGGCCAACGUCCUGGGUUUUAUUGUAGUCACUGGUAUUGACAUGGAUAAAGGGUCAUUUAAAGUCUUGUCACCAGCUCCCCACCCACUACCCAACACAGUCCUGCUUGUGAUGGACAUUCAGUUUAUGGACAUCAAGUGAAGAAAAACCUGAAUAAACUGUCUGUCUGUC